AUGAAGAAUCUCAAUUUUGUUCCUAAAAUGAGAACUCUUAGACAGAGGAUAACUGAACACAUGGUGUCUGAGGGUGAUGAAUCAAGUGAAGAUGAAGCACAAAUUAAGUGGGAAGAACAGCAAAUAAAGAAAGCCGUUAAAGUCUCUCAGGAAACUUACGAUGAUGCUUCGCUGCAUAAAUCUCAGCCAACUAAACCAAAGUUUGAUCCCUCUGUUUCUCUACCACCUGUAACCUUGGAAAUUGUGAAGAAGCGACUGACUGAAAGGAUAACAUCAUUACAGGAUGUGCACCGUGCUCACCAGCGGGAGUAUGAAAAAUAUAUGGAGGACAUUGAAAAGUCAAAGAUGACUGUCCAGGAGUUAGAGAAGUCUACGGAUGCAGCUCUGAAUUACAAAUUCUACAGGGCCAUGAAAACAUAUGUAGAAAACUUGAUAAACUGUUUGAAUGAAAAACUGAAAUGCAUUAAUGAUCUAGAAUUGGCUGUGCAUCUACUUCUUCAGCAACGAGCUGUGAGGGUAUUAAAACGAAGGCAAGAGGAGCUGAAAAAUGAAUCCACUUAUAUUCAGCAUCUGACAAGUGGGAAUGACAAACCAAGUAAUGGUGGAUUGGAAGGUGGUGAGAAGACACAGCUUCUGGAAAUGUGUGAACACCGAAGGACUUGCAGACGGCAAGUGAGAGAGUGUUCAGGAGAAGCAGAUCACCGUGAAGGCAUGUCGAGUGAUGAUGAGUUGACUCCAGCAGAGGUGACUGAGUUCCAGAAGAGCAAAGAUAACGUUUUAGAGGAUAGUAGGAAAAUCUUGGAAGAUGUACAUGCAGAUUUUUGUGACAUCAGAAAAAUCCUGUUGAAAUUCCAGGAAUGGAAAGAGAAGUUUCCUGAUUCUUAUUGUGACGCUUAUAUUGGUUUCUGCCUGCCUAAGCUAUUAAAUCCAUUGAUCAGGGUUCAGUUAAUAAAUUGGAAUCCUCUUGAGAAUUUUACAGAAUUGGAAGAGAUGCCCUGGUUCAGAGCUAUAGAAGAAUUCAGUGAUGCCAAAAAUGUAUCUGAACCAAAAAAGGAUGACAAUCCUGAUCAAGAAGUUUUGCCUAGGGUGAUUGAAAAAACUAUUCUUCCAAAAAUCACAGCAUUUGUAAAGAAUGUGUGGGAUCCUUUAUCUACCUCACAGACAAAGAACCUUAUACAACUUUGCAAUAACAUCUCUGAAAAACAAGUCCUUUCCAAAAAUGAAUGCAGUCGAGCAAAAGAGGAUUUGAUAAAUAUGGUUGUCCUAAGAAUGAAGAAAUCUGUAGAGGAAGAUGUGUUUAUUCCUCUGUAUCCUAAAAGCUCUGUGGAAGACAAAUCAUCACUGUGUUCAAAAUUUCAAGACAGACGGUUUUGGUCAGCUGUUAAGCUGCUCUCCAAUGUUCUUCUUUGGGAUGGGAUUGUGCAAGAAGAUACAGUCCGUGAUUUGGGACUGAGCAAGUUGCUGAAUCGUUACCUUCUUCUGACCCUCUUAAACACACCGCCAGGGCCGGAUAAUAUAGAAAAGUGUAAUAAGGUGGUUGCAUGCCUCCCAGAAAGAUGGUUCCGAGAUCUUAAAAGUGGAUCAACUCUCCCCGAGUUACUGAACUUCUGCCAACACUUGCUGCAGUGUGCACGUACGCUACACAAGAACAACCACAGUAAUGAAACAAAAGAAGUUCUUCUCCUGCUGGUGAAAGUCAAAGCUCUGCAUAUUGUUGAAGACUUCAUUGAAGAGAACAAACUUGAACACCUUAAAUCGAUGAUUGAGAAAUAG